UUUUGUUCCGCAUUUCCCUCUUCUAUCUUUGGAGGCACCAGCACACAGGGAGAUAGUGGGCGAGUGAAGAUGCCGGCCGGUCAUGGUCUUCGUUCUCGAACUCGGGAUUUGUUCGCAAGGCCCUUCAGGAAGAAGGGUUACAUUCCCUUGAGUGUAUAUCUCAGGACCUACAAGAUCGGUGACUAUGUUGACGUCAAGGUGAACGGCGCUGUUCACAAGGGUAUGCCUCACAAAUUCUACCAUGGCCGCACUGGUCGUGUCUGGAAUGUCACCAAGCGGGCUGUCGGUGUUGAGGUCAACAAGCAGGUGGGUAAUAGGAUUAUCAAGAAGAGGAUCCAUGUCCGCGUGGAGCAUUUGCAGCAGUCCAGAUGCACAGAAGAGUUUCGCCUAAGGAAGAAGAAGAAUGAUGCCUUGAAGGCAGAAGCCAAGGCAAGAGGUGAGGUUAUUAGCACUAAGAGGCAGCCAGAAGGCCCUAAACCUGGUUUCAUGGUUGAGGGUACACUAUUGGAAACCGUUACGCCCAUCCCCUAUGAUGUUGUUAACGAUCUCAAGGGUGGUUAUUAGGUCUGUGAUUCUAGGUUUUGUUCAUGGUGUUGGGCUUGUGUUGCAAACCUUGUUGGUUGGAUAGCUUAUUUACAUGAGUGUUUUAAAUAUCUUCAGUUUUGAAGAGGCA